GGUCUCCAAUAUCAAUUCGGAGUUUGCCUGGGUGUACUGCCGACCCUUAAUGCUCAAAAUAGCAUUUUGAUUACUUCUAUUCACUUAUAAUUCUCGCGAAAUCAGCAAGAACAAAACACCAAACAUCGAUAAUGGUAAAUCGGCGCGGUUUUCUAAUUUAAAAAAAGAAAACGGUGAUGAUUUCAACAUUUUUCUCAUACCGACGAAUAUUUGACGUUUCAGCAUCUGAUCACAUCUGUAACAAAAUCUCGUGCAUCAGAAGUUGAUUGAUCUAAUAUUCGAUACAGUAGAAAUAUAUAUGACUAAAUAUGACUAAAAAUUAGUGAAUUAAAAAAUUUCAAGAAAAUCGAUUCGAAAGGUCAAAUAAAUGAUGGAGAGAGAAAAAUCGGGAGAGAGGGAGAAAGAGAGAGAGGGAGGGGUAUCUCAGGUGUGUUGAAAGAAGAGAAAAUAUGAUAAUUUAUUUUGCCUACGAGACGGUUAGCAUAUGUAUCGCGAUUGCCCUUUAACCAUGACAUGCGAUAUGCGCGAUACGUUUGUCACUGCUGCAUUUUUAUGAAGAGAGAUAACACGUGGCACACCUUCAAGUAGCUCUUCGUCUAAUACGACGGUUAAUUUUGGGGUUCAUCGGGGUUGGAUACCGAGGACGGAAAAACUUAGCACAAAUAGGGCAUUAUUGAUGCCGAGUAGUGCGAUAAGAUCGUCAGGGUAUGAUAAACUGCUCGUCCAGGUCGAAUUUCGCUUACAAGGCUUAACGUCAUCAAGAGUACACAUUAUCAGGAUAUGAGACGUCACUCUAGCAGAUUGUGAUUAUUCACAGUGAAUUUGAGCUAUCCGGAUCUUAUUUGCCUACACAAACCGCAUCAAAGCACAUUUUUAAAUAAGAAGUUCUUGCAGUCAAAAUGAGUCAGUUGCAGACUCAUCUAAUCGCUGCUGCUAUUGGGGCAACUAUCGGUGUUAUAAGUGCAGCUAGUAUCUUCAUUUACCAGAAAGUUUUGGAGAAACAACAACAUGCUAUGAAAAAUGCUCACUUAGACGAAGUUGAUCGUCGCCUUACGGAAUUACAAACAGAAUUAGAAAGAUUGAGAGUGCAACAGGGUCAACAGAGGAAGAAGAAGAUUAGUCGUAAACAUGAUAAUGAUAAUACAUUAACUGCUGUAACGGAUAAUGAUACUGAUGGCUUUUCAACAGCUGCCACAGAUAUUGGUGAUGAUGAAUUUUUUGAUUGCUCAGAUAGCGAAAAUAAUAUAAGUGACAUUGAAAGGACAACUGAAGCCACCUACCUUGGAUUAGACCUGUACACCUUUGAUGUACAUCAUCAUCAGGAGGGACAUGAAGAAGAUGAUUAUCUCGAGCUACGAAAUUACACAGACAGUUAUCCGGAUAAUGUAGAUGUAGUAUGGAGAUAUGCCAGAAGUUGUUACAAAUAUUCGAAUUGCAUCCCUGAUCCAAAUGCAAAAAAAAAUAUAAUCUGCGCAGGAAUCAAUGCCUGUGAAAAGCUUCUCACUAUAUCAGAUGCGUAUCUGCAUAAAUGGUAUGCUAUACUCGUGGGUGUGUACGGUGAAUUUUUACCAAUAUCAGAGAGAAUAAAGAACGGUUACCGUUUCAAGGAACAUGUAAUGAAGGCCUUAGAAAUACGUCCAGAUGACGCUGAUCUACAUCAUUUACUUGGCAGAUUCAGAUAUGAGGUGGCUAACUUAGGUUGGAUAGAGAGAAAGGUCGCCACAACAUUAUUCUCGGAGCCACCAAGUGCCUCAUUCGAAGAUGCAAUUGAUAGCUUCCAGAAAGCGGAGAACUUUUCAGUCGAAGUAAAUCUGGAGAAUCGACUAUUUUUAAGCAAAUGUUACAUAGCGUUGAGCAAGUACGAAUUGGCUUGCGAUUGGUUGAACAAAAUUUGCGACUUAUCAGUUGCUAGCAAAGAUGAUGAAAAGACACAAAGCGAGGCUCAUCAACUUCUUCUCAAAUAUUCGGGAUAUCAGUAAUAAGGGAGUUUCAAUAGAUCUAGAUAGUCAUAUUUUCUCUCUCUCUUUUUCUCUUUAUUUUCUUAAUAUUAAUUAUGUGAUACACAUAAACAAUUUAUAGCUAAAUAUAAGCAAGGGACAGGAAGAUAGGAAAAGAAAUAUACAAGCAAUUUUAUAGUUAUACGGACAGAAACAUAAUAAUUUUAUCAUCACUAAACUUUUAUAUAAAAUUCUUCAAAAUGGCUAUUACAUGUCUUUACUUUAAAAGUAUAAAAUAGUAUGAAAUAUUUUAUAUAUAGAGAACAAGUUUAUAAUGAAAUACUAGAAAAAUACAUUUUAAAAUUUUGUUGGAUAAUUUUAUCAUCUAAAUAUUGGGCCUAUUGUGCGUUUUAUUAUACGUAUUUUAUAUUU